AUGCAAGCAAUCUUGGCAAUUCAGAUCUCAGACGACCACAUACGAAAUCACGAAAUGGCUGUUCGCGCUGCAAAGAUAGACGGAUGUGACGAGACAAAGCCAAGCUGCUUGGAAUGUGUACGCAGAGGAUUGACAUGUCCAGGGUUUCGAAAGCGGCUAAAGUGGCGAUAUAUGUUUAAUGAAGUAGAUCAAUCCGUGGAUGAUAAAUCUUGGCCGGUCGCUCCGGAACAGGAAAAUCACAGAGAGCUUGAUUCUGCCUCCAAACCGGCUACGCCCAAGGAACAUCAUUCCAGCAUAUCACCACCGAGCGCACAACUCAGUCCAAAGGACCGGGAGUCUGACAUUUCAAAAUUGGAUUAUUUUUCAGUAAUCAGUCCAUCAAGCAGUCCCUCCGAGGACGCCUCUGCGAUCAAUAUUCCGAAUAUUCCUUCCUCGGAAGGCCUCGAGCAAGCUCCAUUUGCGAAGAAAAAUGCUCAACCAAUUGCUGAACCAUCUCGACCGGAUAGUCUGUCGGUGCUGCAUCGACUCACUAGCACCACAUUGCAAUCUCCUCUGACCAACCUGCCCGAGACGUUGGUCCGCUAUUACUUCGACUACGUUUGUCCCAUCUUUUCUUCUUUUGACUCUCCCACAAACCCUUUCCGCGCGACAAUUGCACAAUUCUGGAGCCGAAGCGCACCCAUCUACUUCGCCGUUCAAAGUAUGGCAGCUGCUUCACUCGCCAAUGAUUUCCCGGGCAUGCGAACCGUUGGUAUCCAGAUGCAGCAACAGGCAUACACAUGCCUGAAAGAACAGUUCCAAGGGCUUCGACCGGCCCUGUUGGAUGAUCAUGAUCAUGAUCAUGAUGAUGACGACGGCGGAGAGAUUUUUUUUGCGCUGCUGAUGGUCGGCUCGACAACCGCCUGGCAUAAUGGGGCAGAUCUCGCUUUUGUGGCUGACUGGAGCCCGGAAACCAGCACCGCUAACAACGAUCCAGCCCCACCCGACGCAGAGACUCGCCCUCCUUUAUAUUACCUUGUCAACGGGAAAACCCUCGUCCACCCUUGGACCGGCCCUCUCUCCAGGGUCCUUGGGCCUUUCUAUCGGACAGCAAAACUAGUCCGAUCCACACGGUCAUCGCCAUCCAGCAGCUCGGAUAGCAUGGACAUUUUCUGGCUCGACAUGGUCAAUAUCUUGACCGAAACGAGACAGGCAGACAUGGCGCUACUCCUCGAGGACGAACUAGUCGCUCUCGACUUAUCGUCUGGCGGCAGUCCUGUACCAACAGGUGACCCGAACACUCCAGCAUCCCACUUUGUCGCCUUGGCCGAAGUGUACCGCUGUGUUGCGCUCUUGCAAAUCUAUCAUGUGUUCCCCGACGUCCUCGUUACUCGCAUGCGCUGCACCAAGGCGGAGCCGGAGCCGUUCCUCGCUCACAAUAUCGAUUUUCGAAGCCUGUUCGACUUUCCCCGUGCAAAGGCCUUUGGACUGGCCUCGCUCCCCGUGCGCGAUAUCUGCCGCUUUCUAGCAUUGCAUAUUGUUUUACUUCUUGAUCAGCUGCCAAUCACCUCUGGCACGCGGUGUAUGCAGCCUGUCCUUCUUGCUGCUACUGCAGGCAGUCUUAACUUUUCAACAAUGACACAAUUUAGUGUUGGUGCACAUACACUGGCUAGCUUUGAUCCUGUCAAUAUGGAAAUUGCUUGGGCAAGGCGCCGUGUUAAAACAAGAUUAUUGGACCUGAUGAACAUCCUACAAAGCCACCGCUGGAACGGGUAUUCCAGAUUGUGUGCAAAACCUGGGCAAGAGCAGAUUUGGGCUUCGAGGCUUUCUGGCUAGAUGUCAUGAUUGAAGGCAAACUAGAGACGAUGAUGGGACAACGUUGAUUCCUACCACGAGUACAGACUAUUUUCUUCUUAAAACAAAUCACAACUACUCUUGAAUUGUCUACUUUGAGAAAUACCA